AUGUGCAUGUUAGUGGGGGGCUUGAAGGCUUUACCGCUGUGUACGAUGUUGCAUGGUGUCACCUACUUGAGUUUUGCUUUCUUUUUCCUUGUAGUCUCGUUGGCUACAACGCCCGGCAUUUUGCAGGGCUUUUUUGAACCGUCCGCAGCCAUGAGCGGACGCGACUCCGGACUGGGGGCAGAGCUCAGCCAGGCCUACCGCCACCUCGAGGCACAGAGGCAGGCCACACAGCACGACGUCUACAACGCCGGCCAGGACAUGUGGUUCGACUCAAGACGCGCUGCUAAGAGAGGGCCCCCGUCCACCCUGGCGUCUACGGUCCAGUCCCAUGCUACACCGCCCUCGGACCAUGUCAUGGAGACCGCGGAGAGGGACGCCAUUGUGGAAGAAGGGGUACGCGACCCCCCGACAGAGAGGCGGACCCCUUCAUCCCUCUUCCAGCCCAUGCCCAUUGAGACGGACAUCGCCUACCAGAUGACGGCUGCGCAAAGGGGCGUGGACAUUAACGAUGUGGGGGCUAUGCAAGCCUACAUGGCUACACCGCUCCCAACAAGGAAUGAGGUUCUCCAGACCAUUCGCGAUUACCACCUCGGGGUCCUGCGACCCGAAAUCUUCAACCUCAUCACGCAGGUCGAGAACGUCAUCGGCAAGCUCGACGACAAGAUCCUCAAGACCCAAGAGUCUCUGCAGUGGCUAGCCUCAGACAAUCGACAGCAGCAAAAGAAGGAGAGCGCCAUGCUAGUGGUCACGUCUGGCUGGGAUAAAACGCUCGCACCUGCGGACAGGCUCUUUCAGAUUAACUGGAUGCUGGAGCAGCUGGAGCACAUCAAGCAGUUCAUCCACCAGCGCGUCUACAACGCCUCCGACUCCUGCAGACUUUGGUGUCUUUCUGCCCUCGCAGUGGAGCCGUCUACACCGCCAGCAGGCCCACACGCGUGGUCUACGGUGACAAUGCUGCAGUUCAAGGACUCCUCGUGCCGCAAGGCAUUCGUUGACGCCUACGGUGGUGGAGCCGGAUGCCCUCUGUACAAGGACGCUAAAACGCCCGUCAAGCAGCACCACAUCCGGGUUACCGCAGCCUCACCGCAGUUCCAGCGCAAGCUUGAGCUCCCAUUGCGGGUGGCACUCACUGUGAUAAACCGCUCCUCGGAGGUGCAGGGUACAACGCCGGAGCCCAUCGUCAUCCUUUGGCGCACGCUGACAGUCAUGAAGUCCGCCGCCACGAAGGAGUUCAACCCCCAAGCCCGCGCUUGGGCUCGGAUGACGUACUACGAGCAGAGUGGCGAGCUACGUGGCCUCCUCGAAGUGGACGCGGAGUUGUUCGACCUCAUGUCAGCUAAACCGCCGCAUGGGGACGAGGAAAACCUUUGGGCCCACUGCUGGAACCAGCUGACCUUUGGAGUUCAGCACGAGUUGGACGUCGCCGAGAAGCAAGUUUUCACCCAGGCAGCCCUCGGAGCCAAAGGUUCCUCGAAGGGUAUUUCCCUGGGUAAAUCGCAGCGCCACUGGAGCGCGCCGUUUAUCUAUAAUUCGGCCAUGAAUCCCUUCCCGAUCCCCAUGACCAUCAGCAAAGUUGAUGCAGUCAGCUAUUGUUGGGAUGAGUAUUGCGAUAAGGUAGCUGCCCCACAGCAUAAGGUGGGGAACUACCAGGCCGGAACUUUUGAGGGGGCUCCCGUGGUUACACCGCCAGCGGCGGGAGCCAAUCUUCCUCAAGGACCCGCGCCCUCUGAGCCAGGCCCCGGCAAGGGUAGAGGCAAGUGA